AUGAGUCGUUGGUUGGUUUGUCUUGAAUUCGUGCCGCGAAGUUCCUUCGGUUACCGUCACAGAAAUAAAAUCUCAUGUAGUUGCUUAGUGUUUUAGGACCAUUUUUUUUACUUUAUAUUGUUCAGAAUUCGGAGCAAAUGAAGCUAUAUCAUACUUAAAGUUUUCUUGAGUUUACACGAAAUGUCCGAGAGCGAAGACGAAACGCGUCAGCGACUAAAGGCCGCCGUACAUUAUACGGUCGGUCGGAUGUGUCACACAAUCGGUGAGGACCACCGGAGAGAAUUUAGCCGACAAGUCGUAGCGGCGAUAACCGAGACAGCCUUCAGACAAUGUGAUAUAUUUGCAAAAGACUUGGAAGCGUUUGCAAAACAUGCUAAAAGAUGCACUGUGUCAGCAGAGGAUGUCAAACUUUUGGCCCGUCGCAGCACAGCAUUGUCGAUACACAUACAGAGGAAAAGCGAAGAAGUGGAAAAAGAGCAGAAGGCUUUGAAAAUGAAGAAGAAGAGCAAAGACUCUUAAUAGCAUAGAAUAAGACACAGGAAAAUCCCAACUCCUCCCCACUCUUGCCCCAAAAAUUCUAUUAAACAUGUCAACA